CCCUUAGCAACUUGGUUGCUUAAAAACAUGUUUAUGCCUGGAAUUAAAUCUAUAGGAUUCAUUCCUUUUUUUAAUUGUUUUUAAUGCUUUUUAUUGUAUAUCUCCUAUGCCUUUUAUAACAAUAAGGCUAAAUUUUCUAAAUUCAGUGAAAAUAUGUUCAUAAUAGUUAUAUUUUGCUCCUCUGCGAGAUAAGUUAAGUUAACAUUGUUGUAACAUUUUUUUCUUUUUAAAUCUACAACUGAUUUUUAAUGUUUCUUUGAAAGAGAAACGAGUUGAAUGCAUGCUCAUCAAUUCUUUAUAUAACAGAAUAUUGGAAUUAAAAUGAAGCGGAGUUUUCCAACUAAAGAUGGCAGCUCAUCAGAAAUACUAAGUAAACGAAAAGUUGGUGAAUUCUUGAGUAGUAUUAGUGUCACACCUAUCCAGAAAUACUGUGGUGAAUGUCCUUACUUCCGGGAACCUGCAGAGUUUGGGCAUUUUUCGUUGGAUGGGAAACGAGAUUUUCAUAACAACGCCUCUCAGUUACGCUACUAUGUUCCUCCAAUGAACACUCAUAACUUAAGUUUUGAUUUACGAAAAGGUUAUGAUACAUGUAUUUUAAAAGAUGAGGAGAUUCAAGAACGAUUGACUCAUUUAUUGACCUGGAUAAAAAAGAACAGACAGAAAUUCCAGUUGAAUAAUCAAAGUAAAAGUGAUGAUAAAUCUAAAGAUAGAAGGUUGAAUACAGAUUUUAUAUCAUGGCGUGGACAUUUUACAAAGUUUUUAUGUACACCAUAUGAAAAAAGAGAACCUUGGAAGAUAGCUGCUGCACUGUUCAAUGGUACCAUAUUUUUAAGUGAAGUUGAAACUGAGAAGGCUAAAAAAGAUAGAUUGCACCGUUCGCCUCGUCACCAUGAAAUGUGUUAUUGGGGAUAUAAGUUUGAAGAUUACACCACACAACCUGUUGCAGAGAAAAAAGAUGAAGAAGAUGAUAAUAUUGUUAACACAAAUGAAGCUUAUUGCUCAGUAGUACGAACAAGACUAAAUAAACAUUCAAUUCUUAUUGGUGCUGAAGUUGAUUGUUGUCUUAAGAACAAUUCUCGGAAACCGCCUGCUAAUUAUAUCGAAUUAAAAACCACUCGAAUCAUGUAUAACUUUAAACAAAAGGCUAACUUUGCUCGUUACAAACUUUUAAAAUUCUGGGCACAAAGUUUCCUUGCUGGCAUACCAAAGAUUGUUGUGGGUAUGCGUAAUGACGAUGGUGUUGUGUCACAAAUAACGUCAUAUGAAACGCUAAAUAUACCACAUGUAUCUAAACAGUAUUCUAACGAAUGGGAUGCUAGCGUUUGUAUGAACUUCCUUGAUGCUUUGUUGACGUGGUUGAAAGAAGUGGUAACACAAGAAGGACCUGACAUUGUGUAUAUGAUUCACUUUGAAUACCCAUUUGAAAAGAUUUCAAUCAAACUUGUUGAUGAUGGCUCAGAGCGAUUUUUACCAGAUUGGUUUGUCAGUGUUUAAUAACAUUCUCAUUUGAUUUUUCACAUUAAUUCAUUUUGCUGAAGUAGUUUUAUAUUAGAUAGUAAUAUAUUUGUAAUUAUUACUUUUAUUUAUUUGAAUUUAUUUUAAAUGUAUACACCACUGCUAGUGCAUAAAAUAAAACGGACGCUAGAAAUCGUA